AUGCUUCCGUCGUUCAUGGCCAAACCGUUUUGGGACAGGAUGAAAGUGGUGGCGGAGGGAGUAGGAGUGGGAGGGGGUGCCAAACACGAGGGAGGAGGCGAGGGGGGGCCACGCGUCGUGGUUGAGUACACCUACGAGGAGGAGGAGGAGAUCGAGGAGGAUACAUCGAGGCAAGCUCAGCACGGGGUGAGCGGCCCGGGCGGACAUGCGAACGAGCGCGAGGGCUCGAGCUCGGAAUCGAGUUCCGGCUCGAGCUCGAGCGAUGAGUCGGACGAGCACGACAGCGAGGGCGCAGGAGAACAUCCAGGUGGGAAGGAGCAUACGGAGGAGCACGGAGCGGCGCUCGGGGAGCGGGUGGACGAGCGAGUAAAUAUCGAGCAGCAGGCGACGGGGGGCGAUGGGGCUGUCGAGGACCAGGAGGGCGGAGCGGCUCCGCAGGAGGGUGGGGUAGGAAUGCAGGUGCAGGAGGGCGGGGCGGCUGCGCAGGAGGGUGGGGCAGGAGUGCAGCAGCAGGAGGGCGGGGCGGCUGCGCAGGCGGGUGGGGUCGGAGGGCAGCAGCAGGAGGGCGUGGCGGUUGCGCAGGAGUGUCGUCCAGGACAGGUCGCGGUAAGAAGGAGGCACCGCACGGCCAGUGGCAGCGGACAGGCGGGCCCUUCGACCGGGCUCCCUUCGACGGGAGGCCAAUCGACGUCGGCGGCUGCAUCCGGAGGGCAGGUCGUCGAGCUGCUGCAGAGGGUCGCGGAGCUCGAGGCUUCGCAGAAGAAGCUCGUCGCCGACGUAUUUGCGAAGCACAGCGUCGAAGAGCACGCUGAAGCAGUGCGACGACGCCGUCAACGGUGUCACGGAGGAGAGGAAACUGUUGGAAGGGGCGGAACGAAGCUCGACGAGAUGAGCGGGAAAAUCAUCGAGGGGGUGGCAGCCGCUAUCGCAAAAGCGAGCGAGGACGCCGUCGAGAAGCAGCUGAAGCUUGUCGAGGAGCGGACGGUCGUGCAGGGUAUUGAGAAAGCCGUCCAGGAGGACUUGUUCUACUCCGCUAUCCCGCCCGAGAGCAUGAAGGUGAUGAAGGACGUUGUGAAAGAAGGCUACAAAGAAGCUGAAGCUGGCAGAUUGGAAGUCCUCACCGAAGCGAUGGCGAGAGGGUUUCGGGGCUCGGCGGGCCCGUCGACGAGGUCGCGUCAAGAGGAGGGGGUGGCUGGUGUUCGCAGCGGGGGUGAGCGUCGAGUUCAUGAGCGCUCGAUUCCUCCUUCUUCUUCGGUGGGAGGACAUGUCGGCAGCCCAGUACCAUCCCCACCGUCGCGUGCCCGUCAUCCCGUCGGCAAGUCCGUCGAGGGCAACGAGGUCAUCGUACUCGACCAGUCGCCCCUUCAGAAGACCUCCGAAGCGGCAGCGAAGCCUCCGCCUGAUGCUUUUGCUCCGCUGCGGGACAUGCUUUCGGGCCUCGGGAAAAAGGGUGAGAAAGGAUUGGUUGCAGGGGAGAAAAGUGGCGGCCCUAUCGAGUCCGUCGCCUCAGCCGGGAAAGGAGCGGGGGAGGCAUGGGGUGCUCCCAGCCAGGUCGUCGUCGCUGGUGGGUUGCUGUCGAAGACAACGGCCGACUCUGCUGCUCAGGUCGGUGUUCCUGGUCGUCCUGUCGAGCCAGUGGGAAAGAGGGCAUUUUCCUCUGCCCUUCCCGCGGCUCAUGUCGCUGCUCCCGUCCUAGGCACCGUCCGCCUUAGCGAACCGCGUUUCCCUCCUCUUGGUCCUGCUCCUGCGUCGAAGAAAAGGCAGGCUGUGACGAAGCCGUCGAAGCGAGCUCCAGAGAGCGGUGACUUGGUGGAGAUGGGCAGCCUCCUUGGCCAAGGUCCUGUCGAGACGGCGUCUACCGUCGUUGCUGCUCGACACGAGAAGGCGAAGAAGCCGAGGGUGCUCGACUACGCCCCACCUCCUCCGCCGGACGACCAGGGCAAGACGUACUGCGCCAAAGCUCCCUUCAAAGGACCAGGCAUGAUGGUGCGGAAGGGGAAGUUCGUUUCCGAGCAGACCGUCGGAGGGAGGAAGCGGUUCCUGGGCACUUUUGAAAUGGAGGAGGACCAAAAGUUCUGUACGGCCAUCUGCUGGCGCGUGUACUUCCCCGACAUUGACCUUCAGAAGUACGAUAAGUUCACGGCGGAGGAUGAGAAGCAGUGGAAGGUCUAUCUCGAUGCAGCCGCUGGUAUGGCCACCGGCGUUUGGAGCGUGGCGCAAGAACAAGGGGAAUGUCGCUUCGAAGAGGAACUGUCCAAGGAUGAUAUUCAGAAGGAUGCCCUAGCUGCCGCUAACGCAGCGCUCUUCGCCCCGGAGACGGCGAAACGGGCUAAGGUCGCUGCCAUGGCCGCGCUCGUGUCUGUUAUUUUGCACGUGGGCACGACGGUCCCGGCCAAGCAGUGGCCCGAUCUGCUAUAUUCGACGGCUGUCCAAGGCCUCGGCUCGACUGACGCCGUCCUGUUGCAGAUGGUGCGCGUGGCAGCACAGGUCUGUACGCAAUGGUGCUGCUGUCGCUUUGCUGCCCGUUUGCUGGAGGACGCGGGCUAUGGGAGCCUGGCUAUGCCUGAAGAAAAGAGCAAGGCGAAGCAGGGCGAGGAGGAUGCUACCGAGGAGGGGACAGGGGAGUAG